AUGAACGCGAAGGCAAAAGUUGGGAGGGAGAAGGAGAAGGAGACGGAGAAGAAGAAGGACGAGGACGAGGACGAGGACGAGGACGAAAACGAGGAAGAGGAGGAGAAGCAGAAGCAGAAGCAGAAGGAGGUGAAGGUGAAGGAGAAGGAGACAGAGUUAGUACGCAAGAGAAGAGUACCUGCUUCCAAGAUCCGUCACAACCUUGGUGCUCUGAUGCGGAUUUGUUUUGUAUUCCUCUUGCACUUGAAUUUAUCCGAUCGGGUUGACCUGAGGGCAGAUGACACUGAAGCUGUUCUGGAUGAUAUCAACUCGGUCUGCACGCAUGCGCCAUGGCUGUCUGGUUGCAGCAUCAAACGUAGCUGUGAGGAUGGGAGGAUGAAUGGAAACUUCUGCCUGCGCUGGAGCCUCUUGUCUGACUUGUGCUCUGCUCAAGUGAAGGAAGACGUGAAGGUCACGGGACUUGCGGGAUGUUCAAACUACACCAAACUCUGUCAGAGGAACGAUACAGCUGUGCGGCAGUGCAAAGACCCAAAUCUGCAGCACGUACCAGGCCUGAUCUCGUCUCAGCAGUCUCUCGAGAGUGUCUCGGCCCUCUGCAAGGAGAUGCCGGACAUGCAGGGAUGCUCUCAGUGCUCGGCCGCCACGUUCGCAUCCUGCCCGGAUCCACUGGGUACCCUCAGCAGACUCUGUUUAUCGAUGAUGAUGGCCGAUUGCAAGCCAUGGUCUGAAAUGUGCGCGGAGGUUUGCUGGCAGAGCCAGGGAGGCUUGACAGCGUUCUGUGGGGAAGACAGCGAGGGCGAGUGUUCAGGAGUGAUGCAGAUGUACUUUCACUUUGGCUUCAACGACUACAUCUUGUUCAAGCGAUGGGUGCCAUGCAGCGUUCCUCGCUACACGUGGAGCUGCCUGGCGAUCAUUCUCAUGGGCGUCAUGGACAUCCUCUUGAAGGUGGCGAAGCUGAGGCUCGAGAUUUCGUUUGCGCUCUCCGAGGCUGCGGGGAGGGAGAGCAGUGAAGCAGAAGAAUCGACCAGCUCGGAGCUUCUUGAAAUGACGACGAGCUUGAGGCGAAACGUCCGCGAGAUGGAGGACGUGCACCUGCUGCCGCAGUCGUACCGUGAGCUGAGGCAGAACAUGUGCCGGGGGGCGCUGGCAGGGAUGACGCUUGCCCUCGAUUACUCGCUGAUGUUCAUUGCGAUGACGUUCAACGUCGGGCUCUUCACCUCCGUCUGCCUCGGGAUUGGGUUUGGGCACGUUCUCUUCGGCCAUCACUUCAAGCUCAACAAGGCAUCGCUCCCUCUCGUCUCCCUGUUCUUCCUGACGCACAUGCAGGACGCGAGCAAGACGCUCCAACGAGCAUGCUGCUCGUGA